UUUCCGCUGUUGUUUGAUUUGCAAGACGAGAAAAGUUUCCAGGUUGCCUUGUAACGAGCUGCAUUUAUGUCACGAAAGAACUGUGCAUGUGUUCUGGUUAUUAGGCUACGUUUUAGAUGAUCCACAACCUGGCAUAGCUUCUUCUCACCGUUUUCUUUCCGCAAAUUAAGAAAAGACGAAAAUGGCAGCGGCUGCAUCAGGCCGAGGUGAUGCAGAAGCUCUUUCUCUCACGUCAGUCAGUGAGCCAUCAGUGAAAAUAGUGCUGCUGGGGAAGAGAGGAUCUGGGAAGAGUGCAUCAGGAAACACCAUCCUAGGCAGGAAGCAGUUCACAUCCAAACGCAGUGCCACACCUGUGACCAAGGAAUGUGAGUUGGCUGAAGCAGAGGCUGCUGGGAGGCAGGUUUGUGUGAUUGACACUCCAGACCUGCUUAACCCACAGCUGACUGAAGAUGAGGUUGUCAGAGAGAGAGGGAGGCUGGUCUCGCUCUCUGAACCUGGACUUCAUGCCUUCCUCCUGGUCAUCCCUGCAGGGGAUGAUGUAGAGAACGAGCAGGAGGUGUUGGAGUCUGUUAAACAGCUGUUUGGACAGGGUGCUCUGGGCUACACCAUAGUGCUUUUUACCCGAGGAGAUAACCUGGAUGAUGGAGAAACAAUUGAAGAGUACAUCCAAGAAAAGGGAGGAGAACUACAGCAGCUCAUUAAGGAGUGUGGGGGCAGGAUACAUGUCCUCAACAACAAACUCGGUGACACCAAUAAAAAGCAUGUCUUGGAGCUGCUGGAUAAGAUUGAUGCAAUGGUGUCAAGUAAUGGAGGGAAACUCUGCCUGGUCAAUAAAAGAAGAAGCAGCAAAGACCUAGGAACUAAUUUUUCAGAGGCAGAUGCAGAGGAAGCUAUGCCAGGUUGCGGAGACCAACGCCAGGGAAGAGAAGAAAUGAGGCUUGUGCUUGUAGGAAAGACUGGGUCAGGAAAGAGUGCCUGUGGGAAUACCAUUCUUGGUAGAGAUACUUUUGAGUCUGAAAUGAGCUCUGCUUCACAAACUAGGCAUUGUCAGAGAAAAAAAAUACAGAGGAAUGGCAAAGACAUUGCUGUUGUGGACACCCCAGGAUUAUUUGAUACAGUGCUCUCCAAUAAUGAGGUUGUUUCAGAAAUAUGCAAAUGUAUUGGCUUAUCUUCACCAGGCCCCCAUGCUUUUCUCCUGGUAAUAAAGCUAGGACGGUUCACACCAGAGGAGAAAAGCACAGUUGAGCAAAUCAAAGAUACAUUCGGAGAGGAUGCAGGGAAAUACACAAUGGUCGUUUUCACACACAAAGAAGAACUAGGUAAGAAAUCCAUUGAGCAGUAUAUUCGAGAAGGUGAUGCUGAUCUCAAGGAUCUCGUAAAAACAUGUGAAAAUAGGUACCAUUGUCUAGACAACACUUCAAAAAGUUACAGCCAGGUGAGAGAUCUAAUGGAUAAAAUAGAAAAAAUGGUGUCUGAAAACGGGGGCACCUGCUAUACGUCUGAGAUGUUCCAGGAGGUUGAGGAAGCAGUGAACAAAAUUCAGGAAGAGAAAAUCAAGGAGAAAGUCGAGCAAUUGGGAGAAGAGUACAAAAGAGCAAACAAGACAGAGUGGCAAAGGAUCUAUUGGAAGUUAGUAGAGGAAUCGCGAAAUGACGCAGUGGAAAUUCUGUUCUCUGAAAGAGUCAUAGGGAGCCUUGGUAUAGCUGCUUCUGGUAUUAAACUCAGUGUCAUCAGACAGGAACAGAAUGAUGCCAUAAAGGCCGCACAAGAAAAAGGAAUUGAAACAGCCAAAGCAGUGAAAUUGGCCAUUAAAGCCACUUACAAACUGGGCAAGAGUAAGUUGUGUGUAAUUCAAUAA